UCUCUUUUUCUUUGAUAACAUGUCAAGCAAAACAGAUACACCUAAAGAAAAGGAGAUUGACGACCAGUUGUUAACUUCUGUGAUGGAAAGAUCAAAAGAGGUUGGAGUAAACGAUGCCCCCGACGGAGGAGCAGCUGCAUGGAAAGUUGUUUUUGGUUGCUUUUGCGGCAUGUUCUCAAUCUAUGGUGUCAAUUAUUCUUGGGGUUUAUUUCUUCGUUACUACAAUACAAACGUCUACGUAGGAAAAAUGAACCAGCUGUCUUGGAUUGGAUCUAUUUGUAUUGCCUUGUACUUUAUCAUUGGUCCUAUAAAUGAAUGGGUUGUUCGCAAGCUAGGUUACACAAAGAUGCUGAUGAUAGCCACCAUUUUAUGUCCUCUUGCUUUAAUGUUGGCAAGCAUUAGCCAUGAAAUUUGGCAUCUAUAUCUGACUCAAGGGGUCAUGUUUGGCAUUGGUGCUUCUUUUGUUUGGUUUCCAUGUAUCAGUGCUCCACAAGAAUGGUUCUCUAAUCGUCGAGGUACUGCUAUUGGCAUUACCAUGUGCGGCUCUGGUAUAGGUGGUCUCAUUGUCUCUAACAUUUGUCAGGCAGCCAUUUUAAGCAUUGGAUAUCGAUGGUCUCUUCGUAUUGCCGGCUUUAUUUGCUUCUUUUUCUUAUCAUUGGCAACCCUCUUUGUCAAGCAAUCCCCUGCUCAUUUACUAAGACAGUCGCAACAAGAUCAAAACAACGAAGGAUUGCAUGAAAUGAUACAAAGACAAAAGCAACUUUUAAAAAAUCCUCAAUUUAACAUCAUGCUAAUGGUUGGAUUUAUCACAACAUUUGGAUACCUUGUGCCUUCUUUUCUUUUACCUUCUUAUGCCAAUUAUUUGAAGCUUAACCCCUGGAUUGGAACAAACUUGUCCGCCAUCAUGUCAGCUAUUAACGCAGUAUCAAAGCUUAUCAAUGGUACUACAAGUGAUCGGAUUGGACGAAUCAAUGGCUUGUUUAUCUGCACAUUCUUAGCAGGCAUUAUGAGUUUGGCUAUCUGGACCAAUGCUAAAACAGAAGCUACCAUAUGGGUCUUUGCCGUUCUUUAUGGGUUCUUUGGUGGUGGUUAUCUAACCUUGUUCCCUGCUUCUCUUCCUCAAGUUGCAGGAUACGAUAAUAUUACUGCUGCCAAUGGUCUUUUGUAUUUCACAAAUACGUUUGGUUACUUAUUUGGCACGCCUAUCGCUUCGGCAAUCAUCAAUCGCUCCACCCCUCCUAAUUAUGCUUAUGCGGCUAUCUGGGGUGGUCUCUUAAUGGCAGUAGGUGGCCUCUUCUGCCUUGCUUUGCGUGUCAUGCGAGCUGGCUGGAAACCUUUUGUUAAAGUUUAGAAUAAAUACCUUUUCGUUAUAAUUUACAUAUACAUUUACAUAUAUAUAUAU